UUUUAAAAAAAUACGUUUGAAAGUCGUUGUGAAACGUUAACGAUAUUUUAGCAAUUUUCCCAGUAAACAAUUUUACAUUUCAAAUAAAUAAUACUAUUUAUUACGCUGGAUUACCAAAUAACUAAUCUGUUUACCAUUUACCUUUUUCGAUGUGUCAAUAACAGCGAAAAAACAUCAGUUUAGUUGAUGUGGAUUGUGGAAGUUGGCCACAAGUUUUGCUAGGAAGUUACAAAAUUCCCUAUUACAAAAUGGAUGAUUUUCUAAAAAUUGAGAAAAUCGGUGAAGGUACUUAUGGUGUGGUGUACAAAGGGAAAAAUAAAAUAACUGGGCAGUUUGUGGCCAUGAAGAAAAUUCGCUUGGAGUCUGAAGAUGAAGGCAUUCCUUCGACAGCCAUCAGGGAGAUUUCGCUUCUCAAAGAGCUGAACCACCCAAACAUAGUGAAAUUGGAAGAUGUACUGAUGGAGGAAAGCCGCCUGUAUCUCAUCUUCGAGUUCCUCUCCAUGGACUUGAAGAAAUACAUGGACUCUCUUGGAUCGGGGAAAUUCAUGGACCCAACCGUUGUGAAGAGCUACUUGUACCAGAUCAACAAUGCCAUCCUCUACUGCCACCAGAGGAGGAUCCUGCACCGAGAUCUCAAACCACAGAACUUACUCAUUGACAAGACUGGAAUUAUUAAGGUGGCUGACUUUGGUCUGGGGCGAGCCUUUGGAGUGCCAGUACGUGUGUACACCCAUGAGGUGGUCACUCUCUGGUACAGAGCUCCUGAAGUUCUACUUGGCAGUCAGAGAUAUUCCUGUCCCAUAGACAUGUGGUCAGUAGGCUGCAUCUUCUCGGAAAUGUCCUCUAAGAAACCUCUUUUCCAAGGGGACUCGGAGAUUGAUCAACUUUUCCGCAUAUUCAGAAUGCUCCGUACUCCCACUGAGGAUAUCUGGCCGGGCGUGUCUUCACUGCCAGACUACAAGCCUACAUUCCCCAACUGGACUUCAUUCAACCUGCAUAAUCAUGUACAAAACUUAGACGAGGUGGGCAUGGACCUGCUGCAAAAGAUGUUGGUCUACGACCCGGUGAAGCGCAUCUCGGCGAAGGAUGCGCGCAGGCACAGAUACUUCCGCGACGUGAACCUCCCGCCCGGCCUCAAGCACCACUCCGCAUAUAUCCGCUACCAACCAGACUCGCAGGAAGACGACUGCACCGUCCAAAGCGUAUAGUACACGAUAUAUCAAUACGGACAACACUUGCGCUUCACGUGCGCUUCGCAAUCAGUUUGCGCAAAGUAAUAGCGAUGCGCAACAACCCAAACGAUUCGAAAUAUUCAGAUAAUGGCUAAGCUAAUUGACAAAAAUAGUCAUAUUUGACUAUUCCACUUAAUAUUCGGUAUUGUGCAUCGCUAUAGCCAAUAGCGACGGUUUGGACCAUGUUUGCAGUCUACGAUUGCUGAAGGCCUGUCCUAGAAAACAGUGGAUUUAUUUAUUUAUCUUUCUUUACUUUAUCAUACAUUUUCGGUGAAUAUUUAUUACAUAUCUUUAUUUAUUUUGUCUUGGUAUUCAUAAACAUUGGCAUUCCGCACCUAAGUCAUACUGUCCCCUUCAGAAAAACUAGUUUGCUGUGUUACACUCAUGUACUCAAAUGUUGACAAGUUUAUCAUGAUAUUUCUAGUUCACCUAAAUAUUUAACACAAUGUCCAGACACUCUGGCAUCUGUGUUGUUACCCAUAUAACUUCUAAUUAUUUUCUCCUCUCUGUUUCUCCCGGAAUUACUUCUUCCUCUGAAACUAAAUAGUGCCAAAAUCAUAACGUAACAUUUUUAUUUAUCGAGACUGAAUCUGCGUCAUGUAUCCAACCACGAUACGGUAAUCAAAUUGUGCCUGUGAUUAAAGCAAUAAUUGAUUUGAUUCGAUAAAAUUACAUGAAACAUGUGGCCUUCAAAAUGUAUCGUAAUCGUAGUGUAAAUAAAAUGUUUAGCGGAAUUAUUUUGUAAGCGUCGUCGGCUAGGGUUAUUUUUGUAGUCUUAUGUAUUUUUAUAUGCAUGGUAUUGUCGCUAGGUGUUAGGGAGCGUGCUACGUUUAACUUGGCGUUGGGACCUGAUUGGUGUCUCAAAUACACAAUCUCUUGGUCCUCGAAGUUGAUACCAAGACACCCUGAAUGAUAAUCAAACACUAAUUUCCAAAAUAAGUGUUUGGUUUGCUCGUAAUAAUAUAAUACGUGGUGUGUUAUGUUUCUUCUCUUCUCAAAAAGAAUUUUCUUAAUUUGUCUUUUUUAACUUAUAGGUUGAAUUCCAGUGUUGUUCUAAAAUAUUGUGUUGUAUGGUAGCCUCGUGCCGGUCUUGCGAGUUUUAAGUUUUAUAACACAGUGGUCGAUUCUGAAAUCUUUAAACGAAACUUACUGUAAAUAUCGCGAUCUGAAAUAUUGUGCCAAAACAUUCAAUAACUUGGAAAUUAGACUGUAAUAAUUUGGAUUUUAGAUCACUGUGUUGUUUUCAGGGACAUUUUUUGAUGUUUAAUAGCUCAACAAAAUAAAUAUUGAAUGCCUAAACCUUGUUGUUUGAAGUCAAUUGAAAUAGUGUUCGUUAAAUACAUGUUGUCCUGGUGCUACCUAAAUAAAAUAGUAUAUUGUACAUUAUGACUGGAACAUAUUAUUUUUCUUGUCACCACUAGCCUGACUAGUCACCACUUAUGAAUAUAUCUAAGAGUAAGGGCAGAACUAGAAUCCUUUUCCAAACCUUGACUAUAAUAAAUUCAUGUUUAUUUUGCUGAGCUAUUAACAUGCCGAUAUAUUAUUAUGAAUAAUGAAUGAAUUGCAUUGAUUUAGGUAUUAUCUUAAUUAUUGAAGUAAUUAAAUUUUAAUGAUAAGUUUUUAUAA